AUGCAGCUCACCUCCACCCUCGCCUCCCUGCUCCUCGCCGCGGUCACCACCGGUGUCCAGGCCCUCCCCGGCUCCCCCGUCGAGGAGCGCCAAGCGGUCGGGACGAUACACGUCAGGUAUUGGAGUGACAACGGCUGUGGCGCGACACCAGGUAGUGUUGUGGUUGGGGAAGACAUCUGGGUCCAGGAUCCCGUCGGCAGGUGCAUCGACAUCAACGUCGGGCGAGACUUUGGCUCCACGCAGAUUGUCACCAACCUCGCGACUCACACUGCCCGCGCAUACCGCCUGGACAACUGCGCCGAGACCGGUCCGAACGCCAACUAUUUCGAUGUCAUUAAUGCACCGAAUCAGCCUCGCUGCUUCCAUCAGCAGGAUGUCGAGUCGGUGAAGUUUCUUUGA